AUGGGUCCCGCCGUGGCCCUGGUGCUUGGUCUCUCCUGUUUGCUUCUGCUUUUGCUCUGGAGACAGAGCUCUGGAAGAAGGGGACUCCCUCCCGGCCCCACUCCACUCCCGGUUGUUGGAAAUCUCCUGCAGCUGGAUAUUAAGGACAUCAGCAAAUCCUUAACCAACCUCUCUAAAGUCUAUGGUCCUGUGUUCACUCUGUACUUUGGCAUAAAGCCCAUUGUGGUGUUGCAUGGAUAUGAAGCAGUGAAGGAAGCCCUGGUUGACCCUGGAGAAGUGUUUUCUGCAAGAGGCAGUUUCCCAGUAGGUGAAAAAGUUAAUAAAGGACUUGGACUUCUUUUCAGCAAUGGAAAGAAAUGGAAGGAGAUGCGGCGCUUCUCGCUCAUGACCUUGCGCAAUUUCGGGAUGGGGAAGAGGAGCAUAGAGGAGCGAGUUCAGGAGGAGGCCCGCUGCCUUGUGGAGGAGCUGAGGAAAACCAACGCCAUGCCCUGUGACCCAACCUUUAUUCUGGGUGCUGCUCCUUGCAACAUGAUUUGCUCCGUGAUUUUCCAGAGCCGUUUUGAUUACGCAGAUCAAAAUUUUCUUAAUUUGAUGGAAAAAUUCAAUGAAAAUCUCAAGCUUAUGAGUACCCCAUGGAUCCAGAUUUGCAAUACUUUUCCUAUACUCAUGGAUUUUCUCCCAGGGAGUCACAACCAAGUGCUUAAAAAUUUUUUUUAUGUAAAAAAUUAUGUUUUGGAGAAAGUCAAAGAGCAUCAAGAAUCUCUGGACGUUAACAAUCCCCGGGACUUCAUUGAUUGCUUUCUGAUCAAAAUGGAACAGGAAAAGCAUAAUCAACAGUCUGAAUUCACUGUUGAAAGCUUGCUGGCCACUGUGACUGACUUGUUUGGAGCUGGCACGGAGACGACGAGCAGCACCCUGAAAUACGGACUCCUGCUCCUGCUGAAGCACCCGGAGGUCACAGCUAAAGUGCAGGAGGAGAUUGAGCGUGUGAUCGGCAGACACCGGAGCCCCUGCAUGCAGGACAGGAGCCUCAUGCCCUACACGGACGCUGUCAUCCACGAGAUCCAGAGAUUCAUUGACCUCGUCCCCACUAACCUGCCCCAUGCAGUGACCAGUGAUAUUAAGUUCAGAAGCUACCUUGUCCCUAAGGGCACAACUGUAAUAACAUCACUAACUUCAGUACUGCAUGAUAGCAAGGAAUUCCCCAAUCCAGAGAAAUUUGAUCCUGGCCACUUCCUGGAUGAGAGUGGUAACUUUAAGAAGAGUGAGUACUUCGUGCCUUUCUCAACAGGAAAACGGAUAUGUGUUGGGGAAGGCCUGGCCCGCAUGGAGCUAUUUCUCUUCCUGACCAGCAUUUUACAGAACUUUCAGCUGAAACCUUUGGUUGACCCAAAGGACAUUGAUAGUACUCCUAUUGCCAGUGGAUUUGGACAUGUGCCACCUUCGUACCGGCUCUGCUUCAUUCCUAUCUGAAGAAGGGAGGAUCAUCUGCUCUGCUGUCAUCUGUAACUCCCCCGCCUGUGGGAGCAUCAUCUUCCCCCUUUCCCUGUCAUCCCCUCACUCACUCCUUUCCCUAAAGAUUUUGAGUUUGCUGGGUCACUGCCCAUUAGAUCCACUAUGCAUUUUAUGUAUAACACACAAAUUGAUCACCACAAGGCUAAUACUUAUGCUCAGUUAUUAGUAUGCUAUUACUAUAAAACAAUACAAUGGUAGAAAACAAAAAAUGGUAAUUCAGA